AUGGAUAGUCAAAAAAGGAGUUUGGGCUUCUUAUCUCUUGCUUUUCUCUUCAUCACCUGCUCUUCUGCUGAGUUCCUCAUUCAACAGGUCACAGAAGGCAGAGGAACAGAGAACAACAGUUCUUACAAUCUCUGGGCGAAUCUUGGAGUGACAAGAGUGUUGAGAGAAGAGCGACCAUCGAGUAAGAUAGUAACUAUAGCAGGCUACUCCGUGAUUAAGGAGAGAACCGAACUCUACGAGUCCUCUGUUUUCGAAGCUGCUGGUUACAAAUGGAGGUUGUUAAUGUACAUGAAUGGUAAUAAAAACGACGGUGGAAAUGGCUAUAUAUCACUAUACGUGAGGAUGGAAGAGACCGAAUCGCUUCCAUAUGGUUGGGAAGUCAACGUUGAUCUCAAACUAUUUGUCCACAAUCCAAAGCAACACAAGUACUUGGCUGUCACAGAUGGAGCAGUCAAGAGAUUCACCGCGGCGAAAAAAGAGUGGGGAUUCGGACAGUUGAUUUCCCUCGCAACGUUCCAAAACGCGAACCAGGGGUACAUUGUGCAGGACACAUGUUCUUUUGGUGCUGAGAUCCUCAUCGUUAAACCGGCCGAGAAACAAGAGAAAGUCACAUUUAUAUCAAACCCACCAAACAAUGUUUUCACUUGGAAGAUUCUUCGUUUCUCCACCUUGGAAGAUAAAUUCUACUAUUCUGAUGAUUUUCUCGUUGGAGACCGUUACUGGAGAUUAGGAUUUAACCCGAAAGGGGAUGGAGAUGGCAGACCACAUGCACUUCCAAUCUACUUAUAUGCUCAAGGCUUUAGGCCAAACGCAGUUGUUACAAACACUUGGGGAGCGGUUAAUCUACGAUUAAAGAACCAACGUAGCUCCAACCACAGGCAACUAUAUUCUGCAGCUUGGUACCCGAUUCGAAGCGAUUAUGGUGUGGGAGUGAACAAUAUCAUAUUGAUGAAAGAUUUAAAGGAUACAUCCAAAGGGUAUUUGGUGAAUGAUGCUAUUGUCUUUGAAGCUGAAAUGGUUAAGGUCUCUGUGACCAACAUCGUCCCCGUCUAGUGAUCUCUAAAUCUUUGUCUUGGAUCAAACAACAUUAUGAAUAAAGAGAUGUGUGAUGUGUGUUGUAAUAAUAAGAUGAACUUGUUGAUCCUUGUGAUGUAAUCGUCAUUUCUGUUCUUUGAGUUUGUUUUCUGCUUUGUUAUCAAUGAAAUAAAAUUCUCUUGCUUUUAA